AAGCGCCUGUUCACACCUGAUUAUAGGAUGUUAGCUAAAAUCCUUCAGGUCACUUGACCCGUCUCUGGGCUCCAAAGGUAGAAAUGUUAAAUGACCCUUCUCUGGGACUUCUAGUGUUAAGUCCUUUGAUAAGGCCCAAGUUAUCCAGUGGAUAAAGUCUAACCGACGCUGCUGGCGGUGCGGCAGAGCACAUCAGGCGGCCCAAUGUGACCUGAAGAAACUCUGCAGCAAGUGUCAGGGCAAACACCUCCAGAUACUACAUGAGGUCAACGUUAGGCAGGCAAGGGAGAGGUCCUGUCUGGUCAGCUCGGCUACAGAGACGCUAUACCUUGAUCGGCCAGCAGAAUGCAGCCGGGUCCUCUUGAAGGUUGUCUGGGUUCUUCUUCAUUACGAGAACCAGACACUUGAUACCUACGCGGUCCUAGACGAUGGCUCAGAACGCACAAUGAUCCUGACUGCAGCAGCACAUAAGCUAGGCCUCCAAGGCCACCCAGAAUCUUUAGGCCUGCGGACCAUCAGACAGGAUGUACAAACCCUGGAUGGCGCCUCCGUUACCUUCAGAGUUUCAUCUACCGUCCAACCCAACCGAACCUUCCAGGUCAAGGAUGCCUUCACUGCCGAACGUCUAAGCCUAGCUGAUCACCUAUCCUGUGGCUGCACUCAAGAGAAGGUUCAAACACCUCCAUGACCUCCCACUCCAAGCCUUCGACAAGGUACGGCCUAUGUUGCUCAUCGGGGCCGACAACCCUCACUUGAUUACACCGGUCGAACCGGUGCGUCUAGGUCCCCCCGGUGGUCCUGCGGCCAUAAAGACCAGGCUUGGUUGGACUCUCCAGGGGCCGGCUCGGAUGGCAGAGCUCCAGCUAUCACCUCAGCAGUGUUUAUUCACGUCGCUCAGUCCUCGAGAAGCAGAACUGCUGAGGAAUGUAGAGAAGCUCUGGCAGCUCGACCUCUUACCAUCGAGGAGCGAGAAGCAGGUGACACGAUCACGAGAAGACCAACAAGCCAUUGAUCUCCUGUAGUCCAAAACACAGCGCGUUGAGGUUCAUGGUACCUCCCGGUAUGCGACCCCUCUACUUCGGAGGAAAACCUUUCCGUCCUUCCAGGCCCCCAUGGAGGCAGUAAUGCCAAGGCUUAGGAGCUUGGAGAAACGCCUAUUACAAGAUCCCACGAGUGCAGCUGCUUAUGAAGCCGAGAUUGCGAAGCUGGAGGCCGCCGGUACAGUUGCUAAAGUAGUCAGGCCAGAUAUCUCAUCCAGUGGAGAAAGCUGGUACAUCCCACACCACCUGGUGCAAGACAAUGGGAAAAAUCGAGUCGUAUUCGACUGUUCCUUUCGAUACAAGGGCCUCAGUCUAAAUGAGUACCUGCUACCUGGCCCUGCCUUGAGCCCUUCCUUACUAGGCGUCCUUCUGCGGUUCAGAGAACACUGUGUCGGUGUUAGUGGUGACAUCAAGGGCAUGUUUCACCAAGUGCGGUUACUACCAGAAGACAGGCCCCUUCUGCGCUUCCUUUGGCGCAACAUGCGGAGAGAGAACCCGCCGGAAGUCUACGAGUGGCGGGUGCUGCCCUUCGGUACCACGUGCAGCCCCUGCUGUGCCACCUAUGCCCUGCAGAGGCAUGUCUUUGACUACAGCAAGCCUGGAAGCACAGAGCGCUUCUCAAUAGAGAAAUGCUUCUACGUGGACAAUUGCCUCCAGAGCGUGCCAUCCACACAAGAGGCCAUACAACUGAUCAACAACCUUAGAGACCUUCUCCAAAGUGGAGGGUUUGAGAUCCGGCAGUGGGCGAGCAACGUGCCGGGCGUCAUCAGCCACCUCCCGGCCGAGGCCAGGUCAGAGAAGCUAGAGCUAUGGCUAACAUGUGAUAAGUUGGAAGCGCGCGAGUCCACCUUAGGACUGUGCUGGCAGUGUGACGCGGACACCUUCAGUUACAAGCACAGGCCUAUCACCUAUGACACGGUGACCAUGCGGAACAUCUACCGAGUGCUCGCCAGUCAGUACGACCCACUCGGAUUCUUGCUACCCUACACCACAAGGGCAAAGGUCCUGGUCCAGCAGCUAUGGGACCGACGGAGGGACUGGGAUGACCCCAGUCUCCCAGCAGAGCUUCUGACCGCCUGGCGCACCUGGGAACGUGAACUCGAACACCUACCUCACAUACAACUGCCUCGAUGUUACACCCCGGCAGAGAUGGACCACACUGCAACCAGGAGAGACAUCCACAUAUUCUGUGAUGCCUCUGAGAAAGCGUAUGGAGCGGUCGCUUACCUGCGGUCUGAAGAUCCCAAAGGGAGGAUCUGCAUUGCGUUCCUUCUUGCACGCUCAAGAGUUGCCCCUCGGAAGCAACUUUCCAUUCCCCGACUCGAACUAUGUGCAGCAGUCACAGGAGCACAGUUGGCCAAGCUACUAAGGAAUGAGCUCACCCUUGAGAUUCGCCACUGUGUGCUUUGGAGUGACUCCACCACUGUCCUUACAUGGCUACAUUCAGAGUCGUGUCGUUUCAAAGUGUUCGUAGGUAUCCGGGUAGCAGAGAUACAGGAGCUUACGGACCUCCAGUCCUGGCGAUACAUUGAUUCCCCACGGAAUCCGGCAGAUGACCUCACAAAGGGGAAGUCCCUGCAACACCUAGGGGAACCAAGCCGGUGGAGUCAGGGACCCAAAUUUCUGCAGUUAUCCCCGGAAGAGUGGCCAACUCUUCCUUUGCAGCAUUCCUCCGAGUCUGGAGACACUACUGAACUCAGACGUUCGGCUUUCUGUGGUCUGAGUAGCACCACUGAUCCGCCGAGUAUGGACUGGUCCCUAUUCAAGACUUGGAAGGAGUUGAUGGAAACACUAGCGCAGGAGCUUCACGGGGCGGCUGGGCUGUCAGGGCCACCUACAGCUAGUACAUACCAGGAUGCCGAAUUCUUUGCUUUCCAGAGGGCGCAGCAAGAGAGCUUUGCAGAUGACUAUGACCUCCUCAAGGCAGGGAAGCCCGUAGCAUCCAAUAGUCGUCUCCUUUGCCUUGCUCCGGAGUUCGACACAACGCAUGCAGUCGUUAGAGUGGGUGGACGACUCCGUAGAGGGGAAGGAUUAGAUCCAGCUGCAGUACACCCCAUUGUACUUGACCCUAGUCACCCGACCACCAAAUUACUCAUCCAGGAGUAUGACACCAAACUGUGCCACCCUGGGCCCGAACGAGUCUUCGCGGAGUUAAGACGCAGGGUGUGGAUCCUAAGGGGGCGUGAGGCCGUAAAGCGUUGCCAGCAGGUGUGUGUCGAGUGCCGUCGAUGGAGAUCCCAACCUGCUGUACAACGGAUGGCUGACCUACCACCGCCAAGGCUUAGAUUGUUUAAGCCAGCGUUCUACUCCUGUGGUAUUGACUGCUUCGGACCGCUCCUGGCGAAGGUUGGCCGAAGAACGGAGAAACGAUGGGGUAUACUCUUUAAGUGCCUCACCACCAGAGCGGUACACCUAGAGGUGUUACCUUCACUUGACUGUGACUCCUUCUUGAUGGCUCUCCGGAGGUUUGUAGCUCGGCGAGGCAAGCCAGCAGAGUUGUACUCAGACCAAGGAACCAGUUUCCGAGGAGGUGAGCGGGAGCUGAGGGACACCUUUUCCAGCCUAUGUCCUGACCUCCAGCAGCAGUUAGCCACACAGCAGAUUGCGUUCCACUUCAAUCCACCAGCGGCACCUCACUUUGGUGGAGCAUGGGAGCGCGAGAUCCGGUCAGUAAAGUCUGCCCUGUACACCACUCUGGGUGCUCAGACUGUGAGCGACGAAGUUCUCAGCACCAUCUUAAUAGAGAUUGAAUCCAUACUCAACUCUAAGCCGCUAGGUUACGUUUCGGCCGAUGUAGCAGACGUUGACCCUGUCACGCCCAAUUACCUGCUGAUGGGGCGGCCAGACAGCUCCCUGCCCCAGGUAGUCUAUCCGCAAUCCGAGCUCCUUGGACGUCGGAGGUGGAGGCACUCUCAGGUGCUGGCAGACAGGUUCUGGACGGCAUUCGUAAAGAACUACUUACCUGGUCUGCAGCUACGGAACAAGUAGAGGACCACUACCCCAGACAUGAUGGUUGGAGCCGUAGUCAUGGUAGUAGACCCACAGGUGCCUCGAUCGGUUUGGAGAAUCGGAAAGGUGGUGAAAGUGUUCCCAGGCCCAGAUGGUCAUGUCAGGACGGCCGAGAUACAGAUCGAGGACAAGAUAUACACCAGGCCAAUCACUCGUCUCAUCAUUCUGCCUAAGAUGCCGGAGGAGGAGGUCAAUGGGCCGUGAGCAGGGAGGCUCACUUCAGUCUUUCUAGGGAGCACAUUUGGCAUCAAAUGUGGGGGCGGCAGUGUUAGAAAGACUAAGGGCUGCAGCCGACAGUUCGCGCAUGCGCCCAGAUCACACACGACGUACUUGGUACGUUCCCCUUUUCCUUUCAGUUGCAGACAGACACAGACGCCAUUAGGAGCACUCAUCGCCGACUCGCCAGACAAUCCAGCCUCGCAGUGCCUGUGACUGCAGAGCUGCUCACCUUGUAGCAGAUGCGAGAUUGUGUGUCACUGAUGAUCCACCACAAGUUGCAUCUGUGAUCCCUACAUGCUGAGCUCUGUGUAUAGCCGUGCUGCAUGAUCCUUAUUAAAGUUUCGCCAACAUCCAGACUCUCGAGGUGUUCUUACCGACACACCGGGGCGGUCCCAUGAUACUCCGGCCCAGCCCUUACAGUCCAUAAACAGUCACU